UUCAAAACCUACGCCUUCUUCAUCAUUUUCGGCGAUGAUGGCUCUCCGACUGAGAACCAACCACCGCACCCUAACCAACCCAUCUCUCACCCACCACCUCUUCUCCACCUCCUCCUCCUCAGAUCCAUCCGACCCAACCGAACCGAAUCCCCAGUCCUCCUCCUCCUCCAUCUCCAAUUACUUCAGCGAUGUCAAAGGCAGCCUCAGGCAACAGUCACAUCAAAGCAGACCCACUCCUCGCAUCAACCACCCUCCUCCUCCCGCCCGGCCCUCCAAUGCCGAUUCCCUGUACGAAAUCCGCAAGAAUCUCUCGGAGUUUCGCAUUCGAUCCAUGGGACCAAACCACAUUGAAUCCAACAGCUCUCCGCCCCCGCCGGGCUCGGAGCAGAUUUCGUUUUCCGAGCUUUUCAAGAGAAAAGUGAGCAGCGACGGCAAGGCGGUGGAGUUCAAGUCGAUUCGGGAUAGUCUGAAGCACUUAAGACCCAAUGCAAAUGUGCAGGGUGAGAAGAAGGGUGAGCCAUUGUCGAUGAGAAGGUUUCAGAGCAUACUAAGGUCGAAGCCGAGCGGCCAGGAUGCGGUGGGCAGUGGUGGACUGCCGCGUUUGUUUGAUAAGGAGAGGAUUGGAGAGAAGAGGGAGGAUGGGUUGAAGACUGAGUUUAUCAAGAUUUAUAGCGAAGAGGAGUUGGGGGAGAAGCUGAGGAAGUUGAGGCCCGAGGGCGGCGGGGUGUUUUCGUUUGUGGAGUUGAGUGAGAGGUUGGUCAAGUUGAGGAAGAUGGAUGAUAUUGAGGCUCGGUCUCGGACUGGGGGAGUCAAUCGCAAUGACUUGAGGGAUUCGUUGGUCACCUUGAAUGAGGGGUAUAAGACAUCUUCGAUUAAGAGGCUUCCUAUAUUAGAAUUGGGUCAAACUCCUGAUUAUAUGACGAAACCCCCGAAGGAAGGCUUGGCUGAGAAGUAUUUCCAUCCAGAUAACAUGUCAGCUGCAGAAAAACUAAAAAUAGAGCUUGACAAAGUUAGAGAUGAAUUUAAAAUGUCAGAGUCAGAUUGUGGUUCUUCACGAGUACAAGUGGCACAGCUCACUACAAAGAUCAAACACCUUUCUUCAGUUUUACACAAAAAGGAUAAGCAUUCACUUAAGGGUCUUCAAGCAAUGGUGCAGAGGAGGAAGAAGCUAUUGAAGUACCUCCGAAGAACUGACUGGGACUCUUACUGCCUUGUUCUCUCCAAACUUGGUCUCCGGGACACACCAGAUGUCAAACAAGAGUACAAGAAACAUUACAAGAAUUAGAGCAUUUGAAUACGUUCUCUCUUUGUUUAUUCAGUAAUUUACCUUUCUGGUUAACCAUACAUUCAUAAUUCUGUAUGGAUAGAAUGAAAUAGAUUAGUUCAUGUUGGUUUCUUCUCCUUUUCUUUUCACUCCUUUUGAGUGUGUUGCAAGGCACGAUUGUAUGUCACAUUGAUAGUUUAAAUAAAGUUCACCUCUUACAU